UGGUACGGCGGCCGCGUGCAUUUCACAGCGCGCCUUCAGGAGGUCAACCUAGCGAAGGGCGAGUUCAAGCUCGAGCUCGACAGGCCCGUGCUUGGCACCUCUAACCGAUUUGCACGGCGGUUCGGCUCACGAAGAUUCAUCCGCAUACGGAUCCCUCAGGAGCUGUUGAUGAGCGUCAAGGGCGACGAGCUGUCGAACUACUUCCGAAGACCGUUCAUUAUCGGCAGCGCGGUGUUCCGCGCCUUCUAUGCGAAGGAGAAGAACGUGUUUCUUUUCAGGACAAACGAGGAGGUUGUGGGAAACGGCCGCGAUGUCACAUUGUCUGUAAUGCCCUCCAUCGCUACAUCAUCUACGUCGCAAAGCGAAUAUUCUCUUACCGACUUGCUCGAUUGGCACAACGCGUUAGAGCUGAACUCCGAACAGACGAUGGUGAAAUGGACCGCCCGCUUCGCCCUCGGUCUGUCAAACUCAGUUCCUGGCGUCCGACUGGACCCCGCCAAUGUGCGGUUCAUAGAUGACACCAUAUGUGACGCUUUCAAGGGUCCUGGAAAGCCACCAAGCGAGAUGCAGAUGACAGACGGCUGCGGCUUUGCCAACCGCGCCCUGAUGCGCAAGCUCGAGGCCAAGUUUCCCGCAUGGAGGGAGGAGCCCACAGCAAUCCAGUGUCGUGUCGCGGGCGCGAAGGGGCUCCUAUGCGUAUACCACGACCUCACCCCGAAGGAAGAAGAGGCUCCCACCGUAUGGUUGCGCCCUUCGCAAAUCAAGAUCAUGCACACCUCCAGCCCGCUCCACACGCGCAUUGUCCCCGCCGACGCAGACCCCGCCCUGCUCACUGUCGAUGUGCUCCGCGCCUCGCGGAUGAAUUCCCCGGCGCGCCUAGCCGUCGAGACGAUCACAAACCUGGCCGAGAACGGCGUGCCGUACAACUACUUCGUCAACCUUUGCCAAGCGAAGCUAACGGAGCGCCUCGACAAGCUCCUCCUGUUCAAUUCGGACGACCCGAAGAGCAUGCAGCACCUGUGGAAUGCGGUCGCGCGCGAGGGCUCAGUUAUCACCCAGCGUAUGGCGCGCCAAUCCGCGGGCAUUGCCCGUGCGGCAGGCCUGUUCGCGCGCGACUACGACGACGAUCAGGAUGACGAGGAUGAGGAUGGGCUCGACGCGCUGGAGAAGGCACUCCGCGAGCAGAGCAGCGCUUGGUGGGACGACCCUGUCAGCGGGUGUCCAUCGGGGCUCGAGGAGACGUGUCUCACGCUCAUCGACGCGGGGUUUACGCCGCAGACGUGUCCGGUACUAAGGGCGAAGCUGAUGGAGGUCGCGAAGAAGGUCGUGACGACAUUCAAGACGAAGUACCGGUUCGCGGUCCCAAUGUCAUGCUCUGCGUUCAUCGUACCUGAUCCUUAUGGCGUACUAGGGCCAAACGAGAUUCACGUCAAGUGCUCACGAAGAGACUUCGUCGACCAAGAAGGGAGGCAGACAGACAUCGUCCUAGGAGACGUACUGGUCACCCGCCAUCCGUGCAAGGUUCCCAGCGACGUCCAGAAGGUGAAAGCCGUCUUCCAUGAGAGGCUGCGGCAUUAUUGCAAUGUGAUUGUAGUCUCCACCAAGAGUCACACAUACCAAGGUGUGCCUCUAGAUCGACAUCUGGCGAGUCUCACAGGUGGAGGUGACUAUGAUGGCGACACCAUGGAGGUCUUCUGGGACCCCGCUCUUGUCGGCGCGUUCAAGGAGCCGGACCCACGCGUAUUCGCAGUCGAACCUCCUGAGGUCCAACAAUGCCUCAAGAAGAACACCGAGACUGUCUCGGCCUUCCUUGCUCGGGUUCCUCCUUCGGCGCCAGAGGAAUACAGGAUAUCCGCCCUCCAGGACUACCUCCUUGCUGCAUUGAGGGGCAGUGCAUACGUGUCGACGUACUCGAUCUGGUGGGAAAAGAGCACUUAUAGCCUAGGGUACCAGCACAAGGACACUAUUUUCCUGGCGUACAUGUUUUGUGCGAUUCUCGACGGGAGCAAAACAGGGGUUACCAUUGACCCCAUUGCUUUCGCUAAACACAAGGCGACAUGGAACUCCGGAAAGCUCGGUUGGAAGGAGGAAAACCAGGACUGCCUCUUGGUGAAGCGCGAUACCUCGCUUGGAUAUUUCAUCAUGGACACGCUCUCAAAGCACGUCCACAUCAUCUGCUCAAACCACCGGCGCCGCAUCGAACCACAUCUCGGCCCAUUGUCCAAAGUCCCUCUAGACCAGGACCUCGCCCGUCCAUACCUCGAGGCCGAGCGAACCGCCACAGAACUGCUCGAAGCCGGGCAGCCCGCGAAGUUCGAGGAGCUGCAGCGCAUCAAAAGGCACGUCGAGGAGAUGUACGCGAAGGGCUCGAUGAACGCCGGCGCGGGCAAGUCGCCGUUCACGGACCUGCCGAUCGAGCGGCGGCAGGACAUCCUGCGCGAGCGCUCGAAGGAGUUCCAUGCGGGGCCGACGGGCCUGCGCUGCUUCGACGACCCGACGGCGAUCAAGGCGUCGUACGCGUACUAUUAUGACCACGAACGGGCGAGCCUGAAGUGGUCGCGCUUUCCGUGGGACGUCGCGAUGCGUGCGCUCUGCGAGAUCAAGGCGAAGGCCCGUGGGGGCUCGAAGACGGUGUCCGGAGAUUUCUACCCGUGGAUGACGAUCAGCCCCGCCUACUUGCGGUAG